AUGAGUAUUGACGCAGCUAUUGCUGAAAAGUUUCAAAAGCACCAUCAGCAGUACAUUCCUAAAGAUCCUGGGAGACAUGAGUACCGUAAAUGCGGUUACAAAGAAGAUAAACUUGUCUCUGGGUUAUUAAAAAGCAGUCCACCUUUACUUUUAGAACUAGAAGAAGUUCUUUUUGAAAUCAAAACCAUAUCUGAAUUAGAGUUAGAUCUUUAUGCCAAGCAAAAAGGAUACGAGUACUUUUCUAUCUAUAAGAAAAUAAGGGAGGCCGGUUGGAUUCUUUUACCAAAAUCAUCUCCAUCUUAUCUCUACCAACUUUUUUCUCCAGAUAAGAAUUUCAACCGUAAAACAUCUACCUCUAUCGGCCUACUUCAAAUUGUACCAGCUGCCUCUUCAGUCGAUCCUAAUUUCUUCACCCAACACCAAGCCACCACCAUUAUCUUUGCCAUUGCCGAUGGUUCAACUUUCACCCUAGUAGAAGCCCAUGCCUAUCCGAAUGCCAAAUCCCUUCUCAGCAGCACCACGCCCAAACUCAGAUAA